AUGACAACCAACACCUCCCUCGUCCUCUCCCAACGCCCCUCCGGCCCAAUCGAGAAAGGCAAAACCUUCUCCCUCAAAUCCUCCCCCGCUCCCACCGAGGCCGACCUCAAAGAUGGCCAAGUCCUCCUCGAGACUCUCUACAUCUCCUUCGACCCAGCCAUGCGCGGCUGGCUAGACGACCGCCGCUCUUACAUCCCCCCCGUCCAACUAAACGAAGUCAUGCGCGCCCUCACCGUCUCCCGCGUCCUCGCCUCCAAAUCCCCCAAGUUCUCCCCGGGAACAAUCGUCACCUCCGCCUCGGGAAUCCAAGAAUACGCCAUCAUGCCCGACUCCCAAGUCGAAAAAGCGUACGACCUCCCCCAGGGCGGCAAACUCACCGACCUCCUCGGCGUGCUCGGGUCCACCGGUUUAACAGCCUACUUCGGCAUGACGAAAAUCGGCCUCCCGAAGCCAGGCGACACGGUCGUCGUCUCCGCCGCCGCUGGCGCGACCGGUUCAGUAGCCGCGCAAAUUGCAAAGAUCGCCGGCGCGAGGGUGAUUGGUAUUGCCGGGGGGGAGCAAAAGUGCCGUUGGCUCAAGGAAGAGCUGGGGUUGGAUGAGGCGAUUGACUACAAGUCCCCGGAUUAUAAGCAGAAAUUCAAGGAGGCGACACCGAAAUUUGUGGAUGUGUACUUUGAUAAUGUCGGGGGGGAGAUCCUUGACAUGGUCAUGGCGAGGGCUGCGCAGUUUAGCAGGUUUGUCAUGUGCGGCGGGAUUUCGCAGUACAACUCGGCCGAGAAGAAGGGGCCGGGGGCGAGCUUCUUCAAUGUGAUUACCCAGAGGAUCAGGAUGCAGGGGUUUAUUGUUUUUGAUUACAUCACCGAGUAUGAUGCUGCGAGGAAGCAGCUGGCGCAGUGGUUGGCUGAGGGGAAGCUCAGGAGGAAGGAGACGGUUGUCAAGGGUGGUGUGAGGAGUGCCGAGGAGGCCUUUGACUGGUUGUUUACGGGCAAGAAUACCGGCAAGUUGAUGGUGGAGGUCAAGGGGGAGGAGGGCGGUGCUAGGCUUUGAGCAUCUUCAAUGAUGGGGCAUGUCGGUAGUCUCCUAGCGUU